AAAACUUGCAACACUUAUGUUUUUUUUGUUGAAAAUGAAGUUGCACCUUCUUCUCUUCCUUUUACUAUCUAUUCUCUCCAUCUCUCUUCUUCCUCUACAAGUUGAUGCUAGAAGGCUCUUACUCCAAAAAUACUCUAACCCCAUGAAGCGAGGCAGUGAUUUAGAAGCAAAGUUUCAUCAUGAACGUUCCAAAGUCGAAGGAGAAUCAGGAGGAGUUCCUUGCGACGAUGACAAAGAAGAACAUGAAGGAGUUCCUAACGACGACGAUAAAGGAGAAUCUGAAGAGGGAGUUCCUGAUGAGGAAAAAGGAGAUUCCGGAGAGAAUUAUGAAUAUGAUUAUUCUGAAGACGAGUUUGAGAGCAAAGACAAAGGCGGCGACGAUGGCGAAGAUAAUCAAGGAGAUGACUCUAAAGAUGGUGACAAUGAUAAUAAAAAUGGUAGUGAUGGAAUAGAGGUUAGCGAUGAGGAAGAUCCUCAAGGACAUGGUGUUAAUAUGAAGAAAGUUGGUGACUAAAAGAACUAAAUUGGUCACCAAAUUUAGAGAUGAAAUAAGAAUGAAAAUCAAUGAGACGAAUAAAGUUGAUAAUUUAAUCGAGUUGAUUCGAAAA